AUGUCAUCUCCACCACCUUCCACUUCCACUUCCUCCACUCCCAUCCCCGGAGCAGCGCUAUCGUCGACUGCCAAACCUAAGCGGAACAGGAAGAAGCCGGCCGCAAAGUCAGACGAAGCGCCUGUCACAGCUGAAGAGGCAGUCUCGAGCCCAGCAGCUCAACCCCAGGACGAGGUGACGGCUACUGUACCCGGUGUGAACGGCAGUGGAAGUAAGGAGAAAGGUCCGGUGGAAGAAGUGAUAGCUAAGAGGAUAAGGCAGUUGACCAAGAAGCUCCAACGAUUCAGGGGAUAUGCCUCACAACCUCAUGAGACUCUGAAUGCCGAUCAAAAAGCUGCGAUAAGUAGUUUACCAACUUUGGAAAAUAUUUACAAAGAAUUGGAAGAUCUUUCAAAGCAAGUGGAGCCCGUAGAACUGGAACAAGCUGGAAAGCUCAGAGAACUGAAAGAACAAGCCAGACAAGAAGCUGAAGGAUUAGUAGCGGGCAAGAUUACAGAAUUCCAAACAUCCCUUUCUACGCCUCUUUCCGUUUUCCUACGUCUUCAUCGUCUACUCCAUCCUGCCCGUCCUUCCGACCAUGAACAUCUGACUUUCGCUAGAUUGGAGUUACCCACGAAUCUCCAAGAUGAAGUUCAAGCUACGGAUGUAUUGCGUGUAGGAAGGAUGUACGAUGAUUUGCUCGCUGGUGGAGAUAGGGGUGUUGAGGUUAUUGCUGGAUUGGUAAAAGGUUCAACGGGUGAUGACGAAGAGAACGAUCACAUCCAUCAUUUGCUUGCCUUGCUCGCCGCCUCCGACUCUCUUCCCGCUGAAAACGCUGCACCCGAAGAAGUGAAUCUGGAAGAAGCUCAACCUGCACCGGAGGUAGAGGAGCCAGCGUCAAAAGCGCCUUCAAUCAACGGUGAGGUGAAUGGAGAUGCAAACGAAGAGGAGAUCACGACUGGCCCCGCCUCAGUGAACGGGACGACAGGAGCAGGUCAAGGAGCCCUGAACUUCUUACAAGAGGAUGAAUUGGCCGAAGAAGAGGAGUUUGAGAUUGUGCCUAGUUUGAGACCCGAUCAGACUUCUGGUUUCCAACCUCCCCAAGAACCAGUCACGACCAUCCCUCCUCCACCUAUCGACGCCGAACCUGCAUCUCAACACCCAGUCAACUCUUCCGCUCCUGCACCCUUCACUGCUUCUGGAAAGUUCGACUGGGCCGCCGAUGAAGAUCUGGACGAAGCUACUGAAGCAGCUCACAUCAGACAAGCAUUCGCUUUACCACCCAGCGGCUCGCAAACUCCCGCUCAGCAACCUGAACCUCAAGGUAAAGUAGAGGAAACCACCGUACCUACCGAGGAUGAGGAGCCGGCUUUAGCUCUGAUACAGGAGAACGAACUUGCCAAUGCACACGUGUCCGAAUCUGCUGUAGCGGUGCCUACAGCGGUGGAGAGUGAUGCUGUCCCUGCUCCACCUGCUGUUGAACCUAAAGAUAUCCCCGUACAAGGAAAGGGACAAAGAGGUCAUGGAGUUGGAAAUGGUAGAGGAGGAAGAGGUGGACGAAAUGCCUCAGGAAGGAAUCAAGUUCAGAAGGCACCUGUCAAACCUACGAUAGACGAAGAUGGAUUCCAAGUUGUCGGAAGACAAAUGCCACCCACAUCGAAUAGAGGUAGAGGCAAAGUCAAUGGAAGUGGAAGAGGUGAUAGCGGUAGAGGAAGAGGUCAGAGCGGUAGAGGACGUGGUGGAGCAGGUCAUCGAGGUGCCAAUCGCCCUAAUGGAGAAGGGACGAACCAAAAUCAGAAUCAACAAGGCGGAAAUAGACCACCAAGACAGCAACGACAACCUUCUCAAGCUCAGGGUCAAGUCAAGACGCCUGCUGCUGCAUAA